UUCAGGUGGCCUGGUCUUACAGUUUUAUAACCAUGUCUAUGUGUGAUGAUUUCAUGAUAUGCAACUACAACAAAUGCAGAACCAAGCUAUCCGGGUAUGCAUGGGUAACAGCCUGUUCACACAUCUUCUGUGACCAGCAUGGAUCAGGAGAAUUUAGUCAGUCACCAGCAGUGUGUCCAGCAUGCAACAAUACUCUGACUGGCAAGCUAGAUAUUGUUCGGGUUGAGCUAAAUCCUUCAGAUGAAUACAAGGCAGUAGUACUUGCUGGGCUCAGACCUGAGAUAAUCCUGGACAUCAGUUCUCGAGCUAUUACAUUUUGGACAUAUCAGAUUCAUCAGGAGCGCUUAUAUCAAGAAUAUGUACAAAGCAAGGCGGAAGGAAAGCUUAAGCAAAUGGAAAAAUUUUACACCCAACACAUGCAAAGUAAAGAUGCAGAGCUGGCAUCAGUGAAAGGAGAACUGUCCUCAAUAAAGAAGGUCCUUGAGGAGUACAAACGCAAGUACAGUGAGGUUUCUGAAAAACUGAUGGAACGCAACCGUCAGUAUCAAAAACUACAAGGUCUUUAUGAUAAUAUGCGGCUUCGAAACAUGGUGGUGAAUAAUCAGGAGGCAGAGAACUGCCUUUCCAGCCACUUGUUCACAUUUAAUCCUGGUCAGAUGAAUUGCCAUACUCCAAAAUCUACCCCAGUCAGAGGCACUGCUGUUGAUCCCGAAAUACGGCAGAUGUUCUUCAGGUCACCAGCAAAAGACAAUGAUAAGACAGAUGGAGGGAAGGUAGCUUUUUUCCAGUUUGGUUCACCUAAUAACAACCAAGAGCUUUGUGGAUGUAAAGGAAAUACCUUUUACAGCAAAAAGCAUUAGACUGUUUCAUCCUUGGUUACUUCAUUUAGGUAAUAUUUUGGUUGUGAUGUAAACAAAACCUUUAGCUUUCCUCAAAUUACAAAAACCUUUUUGAUUAGAGGGGGGUAUGACUUGCACUGAAAAUCAUUGAUAAAUGUGAAAUGCCUAGUCUGCAUUGUUUGUUUAAUGUUGUUAUGGAGUAAUCUGCCAGAAUUUAAAAUGAUAUCGUCAUGACUUUAAGUAUGCACGUCUUUUGAACAAAUCUGUUUAUAUAUUUUGUGUCUUUUCAAUACACGUGAGGGAGGUAAAAGUAUGUGUGCUGCAUGUGGAGAUUUCUGUAUUAAAAGUGUGGACUUCACUCAAUGUGCUGGUUCAUAUAAAUGUUCCCUGGUUGUGACAUUUACUGUUUAUGUACCAAUCUACUAAUCCAAAACAUCAAUGUCUGUUAAAAUAAUAAGGCUGUCAUUUCACUUGCAGUCCACCCCACCAAUAUGAUUAUACUU